AUGUCUUUUUUGAAAGAUAUAGAGAAACUCGCGCAACCUGUAUUUCAACUGCCUGAUUUAGAAGAUGAAGACAUCGAUGGCACUUCUUCUAAGGCUGUUUCUAAAACCAAAUUUGCUGCUGAUGAUGAAGUAUCUACUUUGAGGAAGAAAGUAAUCGCAUUGGAUGUUGACAACAGUUCAAAAUAUGGCGGGACUAAGAUUUCUCGAGAUGAUAUUUUUGAUGAUUUCUCUGGCAUGGCAGGACUUUCUGAUCAGCCUACCGCAGAAAACGAACAUGAAGACUAUGGUGCUGCUAGUGGUGAGAGUGAUCUGGAUGAGGAAUCUGGUAAGAGUUGAAC